CAUAAUGGUCGUUCUUGACAUCUAUCGGAGACCGUCUGGUCAGGUUGUGGAUGGCGACGCCGUCGCCGUCGUUGAGGAAACUGUGAUACAGAAAAUAAGCACAGGGAUAAUGCCAGCUUCGGUCAGAUACUUGCGCCACAUCGAUAUCUCCGCACGCGCCACACUGCCUCAUUAUCGCCUUCACCUAUUUUCAAGGCUAGGCGGAGAUAUACGAGGUGGGAUGAUCGGAACGGUUGGGGGACCAAAUUAAACACGGUCGGAACUGUGACCAUUCGAGAGCAUAGUCCGAGCUAAGAGAUGUACAGAGUCCAAUCAGAAAAGGUCACCGCGGUAGCGCGUUGCAAAGACACGCUUUUCAACCACCAGUGAUGCAUCCGAUCCGAAACGCGAGAGCAAAGUAGAGUCUCACUCAUGCAUCGCGCACGAUGGAAAUGCUCUGUUACCAUGGGUGACGAACAGUUCUAUCUUCGUUUUCCAUCAUCUCCUGCUCGUAGCGACAUAUAAGUACCUCAUCUUAGGUAGGUUGGCGUAACGCAAGGCGGCGAGAAGCAGGUCCUACACAUGUUGGGGAAUCCAUUUUGUCUGCACCAGGUCUAGAAUCCAUGAUGGUGUAAGACAACAGGUUAGAGAACGGAGAGGACAAAGAGUGCGGCUGAGUGCGUCAAAGAGUGAUGGGGUAGGAAAACAGCCCUGUUGAGGAGUCAAUGCGACACUAAUGCAUAUUGACAAUACUCUGGACGGUGCAUCGGUGUUGGUGUCGAGGAC